AUGUCAUUUACCAAAUCAACCAAAGUUGAAUCAUUAAUUAAUUGGUUGGAUCAAAAUACUUAUUGGAGAGAUGAUUUAAUCAUAAAGAACUCAAAAUUUGGUGGUGGCCUUGGUGUUUUUAUAAAUCAAGAUUAUAGUUUUAAUGAAGAUGAUGAUAAAUUAUUAUUAAGAAUUCCUAAAACAAAUUUAUUAAAUCCGAAAAAUUCAUUCAUUUAUAAUUUAUUAAUUGAAUUUGAUUCAAGUUCCAUGUCAAAUUCAAAUUCAAAUUCAAAUUCAGAUGUGAUAUUGUCUGAAGGAAUGUAUGGUUUAGUUUUAACUUUGAUUUAUGAAGAAUCAAUUCAAGAAAAUUCUCCAUGGUUUGAUUAUAUUAAUUCAAUAAAUAUAGAAGAUACAAUUAUACCCAUUUGUUUAUGGGAUGAUAAUGAAAAAGAAUUACUUAAAAAUACAGAAGUUGAUUUAUUAAGUAUGUUAAAUUAUAAUGAAUUAAUUAAUUUUUAUAUUGAAUGUAUCAAAUUUGCAAAAUUAAACGAGAAACUAAUUAAUAUACCUAGUGUCUUGGAUAUUAGCCAAAAGAAUUUAAAUCCACAGAAGAUAUUAAAUUUGUAUCACGAUAAAUUAAUAUUAUUUGGUAAAUAUAUUCAAAGUGUUGUUUCAAGAGCAUUUCAAGUUGAUAAUUAUUAUCAAUUGUCAUUAGUUCCAGGUGCUGAUUUAUUUAAUCAUUUGCAACCAAAAAUAGAAGAAGGUAAUAAAUUGAUACCACAGGAAAAUAUACAUUUCACAUGUGAUGGAUCAGUUUGUGAUGAAUGUGGUGAACAAGAAUGCGACCAUGAAGAAUCAGCAGACGAAGAUUUAGAGGAAUUCGAAGAAUUAGAGGAAUUAGAGGAAUUAGAAGAUGAAGAGUUGGAAGAUGAAAGUGAUAGCACUCCUGAAAUUGAAGACGAAGAAAUUGAAAGUAAAGAGAUAAUAGAUGGAGAGCCAGAAAUAAAAGAAAUAACGAUGGAAUAUAUCAACCAAAUAGAGUUAGAAGAUUUAAGUGACAAUGAAACUGAUCUAGAUCCAGAAGAGGUUUCAACAUUAUCUAUGGAUGAAGAAGACCAACAUCGAAAUAAUGAAAACAUAAAUAUUGAUUUAGCUAAUGAUUUAUCUGAUAGCUCAAAAUGCUGUGACGUUAUACUAGUGAGACCACCAUUAGAAAAAUAUGAUUAUGAAAUUUUCAAUUCUUAUGGUAAUGAAUUAAAUAAUGCUUAUUUAUUACAAAAAUAUGGAUUUAUAAAUACUAAUGAAAAUUUUAAUAAUUCAUGUUUAUUAUCAGUACAAUUUUUUAAACAAAUUAGUCUUUUGAAAGAGAAACUCAAUACAAUGAAAAGAGGUGAAUUACAAGAGAAAUUAGAUUGGUUGGAAGAUGUAGGAUAUGAAUUAAUAUAUGAAAUUAUAUUAAGUACCCAUCAUCAUGAUGAACAAGAUGGAGACGAACAAGAUGAAGAUGAACAAGAUGAAGAUAAUCAUCAAGAUUGUUGUUCUGAACUGGAAUAUUAUGAAAAUUGGCCAUUGAGUAUAAGAAUUAAAUUUAAUGGAGAAGUUACAUUACAAACUUACGCUAUUUUAAAAUUAAUUGAAUUAAAAUAUACCAUUUUUAAAUAUAAAUUAUUAAACAACAUUAAGAAGUUAAAAAAGUAUAUUAAACAGAUUUUAUUAACUCAUAAUGAAACUGACCUAAAAUCAAUGAAUAAUACAGUUUUAAAAUGGUGUAAAGAUAAACUAAAUAGCUAUACGCCAAUUGAAUUAAUUAAAAAUAGUAAAAAUAGUAAAAAUAGUAAAUUAAUAAAAAAUCUUGUUGAACAAGAACAAAAUAUUAUAAAUAGAUUUAUAGACCAACAUUAA